AUGAUUCCCAAAAACCGGUUUCGAAUACCGCUCUCCUUGGCCCCAUUUUUCAACCAUUCUCGUCUCAAAUUGUUUUUCGGGGCCGGAAACAAGGAGCUCUAUGGAGACAAGAAUGAGCAUUAUGAGACGAGCCAACGGGAUAAUCCUCCGCUUUUCCUUUUGAACUACCUGACUUUGUCUUCGGGGAGCGAUGAUCAUCAUGGUGGCUACUUUGGUUCAUUCCCGAAGUUUCUCUACUAUCAAACCAACUUGCAGGUAGUCGAUAUCUCAAACGUCAAAAUGAAGGGAGGUGUUGGGUUCCCAUGGUGGUUGGUUUCUAAUAACACCAACCUAAAAUCCCUUAAUCUCCAAAAUUGUUCACUCUCCGGGUCCAUACAACUUCCAAUCCAUCAUCAAGAUCAUCGCCAAAAAGGAUUGGAGUUUUUGGAUAUCUCUGAUAAUGAAGUCUACGGCUCCAUCCCACCUCAUAUUUGUGCAUUCCUUCCCAAUAUAACGUAUCUAUACUUAUCUAAUAAUCAACUCUCCGGUAAAAUUCCAAAACAACUCUCAAAUUGUUCUUUGCUGAUGUGGUUAGAUGCUCGAAACAAUACGCUCUCGGGUGAGAUUCCAAGAAGGAUUUGGAACAUGCCUCGAAUCGGUGUCGUGGACCUUUCAAGUAAUAGUUUCUCGGGAACUCUGCCGCCAGAUUUCAUUUCUCCUUACAUGCAGGGAGUUUAUUUGUCGAGAAAUAAAUUGGGAGGAAGCUUAUCUGAGAAAGAAUACGUGAACUAUGACUUGCAGGUAUUGGAUCUCGGCCACAAUCGCUUCACAGGUACGUUUCCGACAUGGAUUGUUGAAAUGCCUCGGCUAACUCAUCUCUUAUUAAACGACAAUGAGCUGCAAGGUGAAAUUCUGCCACCCCUGUGUUUGGGGCAACUAAAGUUGAUUGAUGAUUCACACAAUCAGUUUUUUGGUCGUCUUUCCUCUGCAUUGACUUCCAAUAACGUGAGGUGCAACACAAGCAAGAAGGAUGAGGUUUAUUUUAUUGAUGAUCUAGAAUUUACGACCAAGUCCAAUCGAAUUAUUUACAAGGGGGAACCUCUUAUUUUAAUGUCUGGUUUGGAUUUCUCAAACAAUCAUUUUUUCGGCGAGAUUCCUCCUCAAAUUGGCCAUCUGGAUACCAUCAAAGUUCUCAAUUUGUCGUACAACAUGUUGACAGGGCCCAUUCCACCAACAUUUUCGGGCCUAAUAUCGAUUGAGACUUUGGAUAUUUCUCACAAUAAUUUGAGUGGGGUGAUUCUUACCCAACUCACGGCGUUGAAUUAUCUAUCCUCUUUUAGUGUGGCUUACAACAAUUUAUCUGGGAAAUGUCCUAAAAGGGUCGGACAGUUCGGUACAUUCGAUGAAGAUAGCUACAGGGGGAAUCCUCAUCUCAUGAACUGCACUUUACUACAGUCGACACCAAAACCGUAUGUAACGCAGACGCCCACUGAUGACGAAUAUGGUGGCUACAUUGACAUAGAGAGCUUCUACACAAGCAGUGGAGUGUCUUUUGUCUUGGUGUUGCUGACAAUUACGAGUGUUCUCUAUAUUAAUCCAUACUGGAGACAAGUGUGGUUUUAUUAUGUUAGAGUCACCACAACUACUUGCUAUUAUUUUGUGGUGGAUCAUCUUCCAGUAUCGACCAGGUACAAGGUGUGGGAACCUCAUGUAUAG